AUGGAAUUGAUGGAACUGGUUGAGAAUGAGCCUACGGCUCGCCCUUUCCAAUGCGAUUGGCAAUCUUGUAACAAGAGCUUCAACCGCAAGUCAGACUUGCAAAGGCACUAUCGCAUACACACAAACGAAAGACCUUACUCUUGUGCGACACCAGGAUGUGGCAAGAGCUUUAUCCAACGCAGUGCGUUGACUGUCCACAUUCGUACUCACACUGGUGAAAAGCCUCACCAGUGUCAACAUAUUGGUUGCGGCAAGCGAUUCUCUGACUCUUCGAGUCUUGCGCGUCACCGGAGAAUUCACACCGGAAAGAGACCAUACAAAUGUGCGCAUGAGGGAUGCUUGAAGAGCUUCUGUAGAAAGACGACCAUGGUUAAACACCAACGACGUUCGCACCAACGCGGCAUCCAUUCAUCCGAGCUAGACGAUUGCACUUCAGAGUCGGAUAGUGGUGAGUCGCCAACAACUCCGAGGAUGUCAAACAUUCCGUGGCCCCAGGUCAGUAUGGGAGGCCAUCAUGGUAUUCAUGGCCACACCGUUCAUCGUGCCGCUUCUUUUGCCGACUUUGGUCAUGCCAUGAACGGUUACCCUAUUCAACAUCCGUAUGGUCAUCGCCACAGUGUCUCCACUGGUAUCCCCCAUGAGUACCAUGGUCAACACAUUCAACAGCAGCAGCCGCAACAACAACAACAUCAGCCGCAGCAACAACCACAGCAGCAUCCGGGUGCACACAUGCUUCACAGAACUGCAAGCAUGCCGCAACACUCGUAUUACGUCACCGAACAUAGUAACCCCGGCAUAGCCACGAUGAACACAAAUUCCAUACCAGCUUACCAGGUACCACGGCAACAUGUUGAGAGACCGAUGAUCGAGAUCCCUUAUAGUGCUACGACCAUCGCAGGCUCUCUUCAAAGCAGUCCAGCCACCUUCUCGCCAGUGUCAGGACGCAGCCCUUCAGUACACCAGGAAAACUUCUACACUCACCAGCCAGCACAAACAGCGACAUAUGCCAUUCAAACCACAUCGCCCGUAGAGUCUCAAUCUCAGCCUAUGGUUCAGUAUGUGCAACAAGUCCACGCUCAACCUGCGCCGACCCACGUCCAUCAUGUGCAGGAACACUACCAGCCUCCGCAACCCCAGCAGGAGGAACAAUGGUAUAGCGGUAUGCCCUAUCAGGCACCGGUCGAAGUUGCCACCAUCGGAUCACUCCCGUCAUAUGGUUCAAUUGGUGCGUAUGAUCCAUGGGCCAUCAAGACCGACUUCGAGGACCCAUCCAUGCAACUACCAAGCGCCAGGCUUGAGAGCAUGUAA